AUGGUUGCAGCUCUAGCCGACAAGGAGUUUGUAUGGUCUUUAUGGAAGCGUCUUCAAGUAUCCAAUCCAGACCUAACACAAGCUGUUGGCUUAGUUGUGGACAGGGAAAAAAAUAAAGCGGAAGCCAAAGACCGAAAAGUACUGGAAAUCCUGCAAAUGAAGGAUGGAAAGAUACAGGAAUUGGAAGAGAGAGCAUCAGGACGACAGCAGGAGAUAAACAACCUAGUACAAAGGAAGAUUGCUGUCGAUGAUGAAAAUACUUUACUCAAAAAAGAAUUGGAUGACCUCCAACAAAAAUUAAAAGAUAAAAGUCAGGAGCUUAAGAACACUAAGGAGAAUUCACAAAAAAAAGAAGAGCAGAGGGCAGCCAUUUUUAAAAAUAUGGAGCUGGAGAAGGAGAAUUUAAGCAAGCGUUGUGCUGACCUACUCAGUGACCUGGAGAGAGCAAGGAAGCAGGAGGCACAGUGGAAAGGAGAGAAGUCUGGCAUUGAUGCCAAAAUUAAGGCUCUAAAAGUUAACUUGAAAGAUGCUGGUAACCAGAUGGAGGCCAUGCACAACAGAAUAAAUGGCCUGUCAUCACAAGUCGCUGUUAAAGAAGCUGAGCUGGCACAGAAAGAGAUUGAUGUGACAAGACUACGUAAAGAAUUGCGGGAACUUCAGAACCUUUACAAACAAAGUAACGAGCAUGCUGCACAACAGGCUGAACUCAUACAGCAGCUACAGUCGCUCAAUAUGGACACACAGAAAGUACUGAGAAGUCAGGAAGAUGCUCAUACCUCUGAGUCCAUCUCAUACCAAAAAAUUUAUAAUGACUUGAAUGCAUGUUAUGAAACAGCAAAGUCCAGUGAGACUCAACUGCGGCAAAGUAAUAUUGCUCUCACUGAACAGCUACAUCAAAAGGAACAACAUAUUAGCCAACUGCAAGUGAAACUGCAAGAGGCCCUCAAUGCAUUACCCAAGCCACCUCAAGAACCUCAGGACUUGGAACAUCCAUCUCUGGUAGAACUGGAACUCAUAAUAGCUUCACAGAAAUCGGAAAUAACAUUUCUACAGGACAAACUUAAAGCAGCGAAUCUCAAGUUAACUCAAGUAAAUAAUUGUAGAAGUGAUGCACUUGAGAACAGCAUCCUGAGGGCUGGGAGAACGUAUGAGGUGCAACCUGUGAAACGUUCAAGGUCUCUGUCCCCAAAGGGCUUUUCCAGAGAGUCAGAAGAGUUAAAGAAGCUUAAGAUAGCAGAAAAGAGGGCUGAACAUUUAGAAAAGACAUUGCAGAUUAAGAUUCAGGAAAACGUAGAGAUCCGAAAAGCACAUGAAAAACGUAAAGAAAGGUUGCUAACUUUGCAGACUAAUUAUAGAGCUCUCAAAGAGCAAAUUGAACAAGAUGAAGAGAACGGCUCUAGAAAUACAGUCCAUAAAAGGCGUCUCCAUCGUCCUGAUCCUUCUGAACUCAGACAUGAAGACUCGGAUGCAGUUUGGAAUGAGCUCGCCCACUUUAAGAGGGAAAACAAGAAGCUGUUGGUUGAGAAAAUGAAUUUGGAAGAAGAAAUAGAUCAACUUAAAGUGCAGAUAUCAGUAGACAGAGCAAUGAUACAAGAACUGAAUGUUUGUCUUCAGCAAGAACGUGAAGAGUUGCUCUUUAGGCUUGGCAAAGAGGAAGACGUCAGGAGCAGUACUCCAAACAGAAAUACAGGAGAUAAUGUGCAGCACACAUUACAGAAGGUAAACCAUUUGGAAAAAAGAUUAACUGAAGUAGAGAUCGGCUCAAACAGACUAAAGGAAAUUAAUGAAGAGUUAACAAAACAAAAUAACUUCUUGAAGACAUCCAUUAGUAACCUUAAAAAAAAUGUAGAUUUGAGAGAGAAAAAGAUGCGAGAGAUCAAUUAUGAAAUUUUGAAGGUAAAUGAAGCCGGAAAGGCUCUAGAAAAAAAGAAUGAUGACCUGAGCAGAGAAGUUUCAUCCCUUAAGAGGCGACUUGCAUAUAAUAACAAGUUGAGAAAUGAAAACAGAGACAUUGUAAGGCAAAUUGAGGCCCUACAAUGUAUGUUGGCGCCUGUUUCUAUAGCGAUGAACAAACAAGGCCGCAGAAAGGAAUUCGGAACCAGGGUUAAGAAAGAAGCCAGAAAGAUCUCUCUGAGACGUCACCAAGCUUAUCUUAAUCAAUCUAUCAAGGUUAUGAGCAGCGUGUUUGAGAACUUCAGCAAAGACGGCUGGGAGGAUGUGAGUGAAGACAGUGAUGCUGAAAGUGAAUCAUCUGAGAGUAUGGGACAAGUGAUUGUCAGAUCAGCACAGGAUACUAGCUCAUCUGUAGAGGAAUCCAGUGCUGUGGAAGAAAGUAACAAUGAUGAACUUGCCAAGGCAUUUUGGAGGAAUCGUGUUAGGAGUGAAAAUCAUGAGGUCAGUCUACAUGGCAGACAGUCAAAGAAAACCAUUCAAUUAAAAAGAUGUCCUUUAAGAUUGAAAUGCAAUCCGUCAAUGUUGAAAGUACGAAAAGAGAAGAAUCUGAGAACAUGCCCUGGCAGCUCCCGAACUUCGUUGCUGGAGAGGAUUACAUCCUUACAACGCCAAGUAUCCGUAUUACAGAGGGGUAAACAGGCUGCAACUGCUUCUGCAAAUGAGUUGAAAAAAGAUAAAAUAAAACUAGAAACUGAACUGCAGCUGACUCACCAAAGACUUCAAAUCAGCAAGCAGAUGGCUAAGAAAUUGAGUGGCGACCUUACAGAAUUUCAGCGGGAAAAAGGAAAUUUUGAGAGAACCAUUGAGCAGAUGACAGAGCAGCUGGCCCAGGCCAGGAGAUCACAGGAAACAUUGAGCCCUGUGACCUUGGAUCAACCAGCAGUGACUCCAUUAACACCAUCUAAAAGCACAGAUGUGGAUGUUAAGCAGCUCCAGAGUAAACUAAAGAAUAUGAGUAUUGAAAUGGCGAAACAGUCCACGACAAUUAAAGCCAUGAAAAAUGAAGUCCAGGAAAAGGAAGAACGCGUUCGGGAACUGCAGGAAAGGGUGGCUCGGAUGGAAAGGGAUGUCAACAUGAAAAGACAUUUGAUAGAGGAUCUAAAAACUCGUCUGAAAACCUACCAGGAAAAUGAGAGACCAAGCAAAGAAGUGUUAGAAAGUCUUGAAAGGAAGGUAAAGAAAAUGACAGACGAAUGUUCCCACAAGAAGACGUCAAUUGAAUCAUUAAAACAGAGGCUUAUUGUGGUUACUAAGGAAAAGGCACAUUAUGAACAAAUAUACUACAAGAUUAAAGAAGAACUGGAGAAAAAGGAUGUAAAAGUCAGCAACUUGGAAUGUAAAAUGACUGAAGCUGAGCGUGCCAUGUCUGGGCUGGAGAUGGCAGCUACACAGCAACUCCACAACUUAGCAAUGCAGAGUGAGCAAGCCUUGGAAGUGGUACAGAAUAAGCUUUUACAUGGCAACAGGAGGAUGGAAGAAUUUGUCACAUUUGUAAAGAGUUUAGCUAAAGAGCUUCAAGUGGAUGUUUGUGAAAUCAGAAGCCAUAUUAGACAAACUAAAAUACUGAAGGAAUCGACCACUGGUCCAUCCAAACAAUCUGUGCACAGAGCUCAGACAUUGGCAGCCUCUAUACUCAACAUCUCACAGACUGACCUCAGUGACAUAUUGGAGGCUCCAGAUGAGCAGGAAAUAGCAAAUGAGAAGCGGUCAGUAGAAUAUGAUAAAGAAUGGAUGAACCACAUAAUGAAGCUUCUUGAAGGACAGCUCCCCUUUGCAUCCUGCCUGAUGGAAGCUGUGAGGAGCAAACUCUGCGAGAAUAAGAGACUGGUAGAAGAAUAUGCAGUGCUGAAGGCGAGAGAUUCUAGGUGAAUGACCUGUGGCUCCAAGUCAACUAUGCAAAAUAAAUCAUGAAGCAAAACCCAAAA